UGCAAACACCAAAAAACAUAAAUAAAAUUAAGUAAAAAGUUUUCGGAGUUAAGAUAAGAUCGAACUCAUGAACUUUUCCUCAACAAACCAAUCGGCAAAACGUGAUCAGGCUCGUGACAAAUACACUUGAACUCAGACUUUAAACUGGAAGUUAUUUCCCAGAUUUGAAAGUACAAAGAAGUUCAAACACACCAUUAGGCCCUGUCCAGCCUGUACAUUCACUUUUCAAAUUGUCAAUCUUGCAAUGGCUUUUCCCUCUUUAUGACUCUCACAACCAUAAGAAGCCACCAGUAAAAGGCAUCCCUGAGCACCAGCUCACCUCUUUAAAAACACCCAGCAAACUCCCUCCAAACCACACACACACACACACUGUCCCUCUGAAUUCCUUUCUCUUAUAAUGGCAAGCUCAAACAUACUCCUCAUUCUCUUCUCCAUAACCAUUAUGUUGUACAUGGCAUAUGGACAGGGCCAUGACUACCUAAAGAAAGUAUGCAGCGUAACUCGAUACCAGUCACUCUGCAUUCACUCCCUAUCACACUUCUCAAGCCCUGCUAGUCACUCCCCGUCCGGGUGGGCUCGGGCGGCAGUAUCAGUCACACUUGCAGAAACACAAGAAGCAGGACAGUACCUGGUAAAGCUCAAGACUGGAGGUGGUGGAGUACGGAUGAGAGGACGGGCGAGGCUUGCACUAUCUGAUUGUGUUGAGUGCUUCAGUGAUGCAGUGUCCCUGCUCCAUAGCGCUCUUGGAGAGAUGCGAAGCCUUGAGCGAGAAACAUUUGCCUCACAGAUAAGUAAUGUGGAGACGUGGUUGAGCGCCGCACUGACAAACCAGAACACUUGCAUUGAUGGUUUUCAGGAGUUCAAGGUUGGGCCUCAAGUGAGAAUGAUCACAAGCAAGGUGUUGAACACCACUCACUUCACUAGUAAUGCAUUGGCGCUUGUUAACAAGCUUGCAUCCUCUGGUCAAAGUGGCUAAAAUCGCAGCUCCUCGCAUCACUGAUUACUACUUGUUUAUGUUUGAAGUAUUGCAUGCUACAUGAUCAAAAAAUAUAUGCAUAAAGUGGCUGUUGU